UAUCGUAACUACUGGAAGCUCGCCGUGCAUAGGUAUCUUGCGACUGCACCGGACAACCCGCGUCUCGAGGACAUCAGCGCAGCCACCUCGAUGACCAUCGAGGAUGUAUACAACACGCUCAAGUUGCUGGACUUCAUUGAUGUUCGCCCAUCUACGCCACCAUCCAUCCGCCCAUCGCCCGGGCAGGCCAUCAAGUUUCCCAAAGCCAUUCAACGCCACCACCACCGCCACUGCCCUCCGACGAGCCGUUCGUACCACCGAAGCACUACGAUAUUCACUGGGACCAGCAGCAAGUGGAGGAAUAUCUCGCGAAGUGGGAAGCCAAGGGCUACAUCACGCUCAAGCCGGAGAAGCUGAAAUGGAGCCCGUUCAUCGUCAUGCGCACCAGGAAGACCGAAGCGGCGGAGGCAGCAGAGACAGCUGACUUGGUGACCACGAACAGGCUGGAGGGGCGCGGCAUGUCGACGCCCGGUCCAGUCGAGGGCGAGGGCGCCGUUCCACGGGUCGACGACGCGUUACUGCAUCUGUUCGAUGACGAGGCUGAUGAGCGCGAGCGCAACUGCCGGAAUGCGGCGAAUGGUGGUGGCGGCUCUCCCGGCCCGCCUAACGUCACCGAGGCCGACAAGACCCCUUCGAAAAGGCGCAGGGCCAGAAGCGGGCGCCGAGUACAAGACGAAGACAGUGAGGAUGAAGAGCGUCGACCGCGGGACCGCGCUCACUCCCAGGACGUCUUCGAGUCGGACGAGCAGUUCGCGGCGAGGCUGGCGGAGGAGGAGCAGCGUACCGCACACAAACGCUCCCUGCGUUCGCGAAGCGAAGUUGACGACCACGCACGCAAUUAUUCGACGCCUUCGCCAGUCAAGCGCACCUCGAGCCAGAAGAGCGAUAGGCGCAGGAAGACCCUCCGCGGCUCGGCAUCGAGAGCCACCGGGGGAACUCCUGUCCGUCAUUCGACUAAUUGGCAUAACACUCGCACCGUCAAUGGUCGCUUCGCGCGGAAGGAUAGAACGACUCGGCGGGAACCCUCGCCCGAGUCCAGCUCGGACGCGCCCAGUGUCGAGAAUGAUGACGACGAGGCUGAUGUCGCGCAUGCGCUCAUGUCCACCUCCGUUGCGCCGAGCUCGCGCGAGGCUACGUCUCCUCGGGCUGCACAGACCAACGGCGAUUCCUCGGGGGCGCCCACAGUGACGGCAGACAGCUGCAGUGCGUCUGCUCAUACGCCUCCACCGGUGCUUGCGCCUCUCACGCCGUCGCCGGAGGAAGCUUCUCGCUCUCCAGGCCCGGGGGCCGACUCCCAUGCGUGCGCUGGACUCGGCGACGCGGCCUCGGUCCGAAAGGCGGGCAAGACGCGGUCAUCGCUGCCACCUGUGCAUGUCAACGGCGUACGCGACAGCGGGAAGCUACGCGGGCGAUCAGCUGGCUUUCCCGGCGUGCAGGGCACAAAUGGCGCGGUGGAUGGGCAUGACCGUCGAUCGCCUGAGAACGAGGAGGAUGCGGAGGGUGAGUCGGAUGACGACUUGUAACGAGCUGCUUCCCGGUGUAUCGUUUAUUUCUUGCCAGCGAAUUUAUCGUAGGUAUUUCUUGGCUGUACAUUAGCUGUGCAUGUUUUUGUACUUACCGCUCGAGCGAAUGAGAGCGCCUCGUCCAGUCUGGAGAGGGUUUGUCUGUUGUGUCCACCUUCUGCGCAAGGCGUGGUCCGAUGCUGGUAGCGAUCGCGCCCGGAUCGCUUCCCGUAUAGGCGUGCAGCAGGUAGAACUCGAACCUUCUCCUUGCCUUCUCCAGAAUCAAGCCGCUAGUAGAUU